AUGGAUCUCGACUCGGGAGACUCCCCGUGGGGCGAUGAGCCUUCGCAGUUCAAGCCCAGCGAGGGCUCCAAACCCGAUACUCAAGGAGACACAGCCGGACAAACCCCCGCGUCAGACAGCUCACCCGCUGUCCGGGCACCAGGAAGACGAGGUCCUCGAGGGACACGCAAGAUCAGCGCACAGGCCACUAAGCUCGAAUCUGUCGAUGAUUCCGUCGACCCUCUCGGCCCAUUGGGAGAAGCGCCCAUCGAGCCUACCCCGACACCCGCAGAUGAGGCACCGGCACCGCCUCAGAAGGAGCCAUUUGCCGGACGUAGCGCGCGACCACUUUCCCCACCCUCCCAGGCUUCUACCGGAGCGGGGGUAGCGGACCCUGCCCAUUUGGAGGGGGAAAGCGCAAGUUUCCGAGGACCCCCGCCUGUGCAACCGCCCGUGGAAGGGGAUGGGCCGAAGAGACAGACGCAGCCCAGCAUGAGUGUGGAACAGGCUGCAAAGCCAUCCUUCCAGAUCUAUGUCGGAGAUCCGCACAAAGUGGGAGAUCUGACGAGCAGUCACAUCGUUUACCAGGUUUCGACAAAGACAACAUCCAAGGCUUAUCGCCAACCCGAAUUUACCGUCAGCCGCCGAUACCGUGAUUUCCUCUGGCUUUACAACUCCCUGCACGCCAAUAACCCCGGUGUGGUUGUUGCGCCCCCGCCCGAGAAGCAAGCAGUUGGCCGAUUCGAUACCAACUUUGUGGAGUCAAGGAGAGCUGCCUUGGAACGAAUGCUAAACAAGAUUGCCGGUCAUCAUAUUCUUCAACAUGAUGGCGACCUGAAAAUCUUCUUGGAAAGUGAAGCUUUCAAUGUUGAUGUUAAGAAUAAGGAAAAUCGGGAGCCUGAUAUUGGCCCAAGUAAGGGAAUGCUCAGCUCCUUCGGUAUUUCCGUUGGUGGAGGAAGCAAGUUUGUGGAACACGACGACUGGUUCCAUGACAGAAAGAUCUACUUGGAUGCAUUGGAGAACCAGCUGAAGGCCCUAAUGAAAUCAAUGGACACUGUGAUAUUACAACGAAAGGGACUUGCCGAGGCCGCAGGCGACUUUUCGAGCUCACUACAUGCUCUAUCCGCUGUAGAGCUGUCUCCAGCUCUCUCAUAUCCAUUGGAAGGCCUGUCCGAACUUCAGUUGCGGAUCCGGGAACUUUAUGACCGACAGGCGCAGCAGGAUGUUCUGACUCUCGGCAUCACGAUCGAUGAAUAUAUUCGUUUAAUUGGAAGUGUCAAGAUGGCUUUCACCCAGCGCCAAAAGGCCUUCCACACUUGGCACGCAGCAGAGUCUGACCUCCAAAAACGCAAGAAUACUCAAGAUAAGCUCCUUCGCCAGGGCAAGACUCAGCAAGACCGCUUGAACCAAGCCAACGCCGACGUCGCAGAUGCAGAGCGAAAAGUCCAUCAAACACGACUGGUCUUUGAGGAUAUGGGCCGCCUUAUGAGAAAUGAAUUGCAGCGAUUCGAAAAAGAGAAGGUGGAGGAUUUCAAGUCUGGCGUGGAGACAUUCCUCGAAAGCGCAGUCGAGGCCCAAAAGGAGUUGAUCGAACUUUGGGAGACAUUCCUUUUGCGCCUAGAUGCUGGCGAGGAGGGUGUCCCCUAUUAUGUGCCUCCAUCUGAGGCAGAUGAGACACCCGCCCCGGCAGAGCCUACAGGAUCGGGCCCAGACUCGGCGCCACUGGUUGCUGAGGAUGGUGCUUGA